UUCCAGAAAAAACAGAUGAAUUCCUCUUGGCCAGAUUCAAAGGAGAUGGAGUACGAUAUAAAGCCAAAUUAAUUGGAAUUGAUGAUGUUCCAGAAGCUCGUGGAGAUAAAAUGAGUCAGGACUCCAUGAUGAAGCUAAAGGGAAUGGCAGUGGCAGCCCGUUCUCAGGGACAGCACAAGCAGAGGAUCUGGGUGAACAUUUCACUUUCUGGCAUAAAGAUAAUUGAUGAAAAAACAGGUGUAAUCGAGCAUGAACAUCCAGUUAACAAGAUUUCCUUCAUUGCUCGAGAUGUGACAGACAAUCGGGCUUUUGGAUACGUUUGUGGUGCUGAAGGACAGCAUCAGUUUUUUGCCAUAAAAACAGCACAGCAGGCUGAACCUCUAGUGGUGGAUCUCAAGGAUCUUUUCCAAGUCAUCUAUAACAUAAAGAAAAGGGAAGACGAAGACAAGAAGAAGAAUGAUGAAAGCAGUCAGCCAGUGGAGAAUGGAAGCGAUGCCCUACUCAGUAUUAGUGAGGAAGUCCAGAACAUCAAACUAGGUGUUGAUCAGAUGAAUUUAUUUGGUGAUAUGUCCACACCUCCAGAUCUCAACAGUCCAACAGAAAGUAACGAUAUCCUGUUAGUGGAUUUACACACUGAAAUCGACACCAAUCAAAACUGCAUUAAAGGAAAUCCUUUCACCCACUCUUGUUCUUCUGUUCCUCAUCCUAAAGCACAGUCACCUUUCUCAUCUGAAAACCCAUUUUCUGCCAAUCUCAACUUUUUUCCUGCACCUAAUCCAGAUCCUUUUUGUGAUGAUCCUUUUGCAACUGCAGAUCAAUCAACUUCUUCUCUACAUGAUUCUUCUAAAUCUGUCAGUCGCGAAAUCGAGAACUCAAAAAGCCUAAGGAACGGGCCCGACAGCAAUGGGAAUCUAACUGACGACAUUGAGUUUGGGCAGCAGUUUGACCAAAUAACUAGCCAUUCCAGUAUACAGGAGCCAAAGUCAGACCAGUGGCCUUUAAAUGGUAACCAGUCUGCUCCUGUUACAAGGACUCAAAAUGGCGUGCUAGGACACAAAGAAAAUGGUUCUCUAAGCAGACCUAAACCAAAUCCAUUUAGUGACUGCUCACCCAAAGCGGGGAAUGUGCAAAAUGGCAUAAGAAAGAACUCAGAGGGGAAUUUCAGUGACAAGAGCGGCAAUGUCAGCCCAAAUUCGUCUGACCCUAUAGCUAUUAGCCCUCCACCCCAGAGCACCAAGCCUGGAAGAGGAAGGAGAAAUGUAAAGCCAGCUUCUGAUGACAUAUUCGGGUCAGACCUUUUCCCAUCAAACUCUGCAAGUCCAGAGCCAGUUUCAGUGUCUGUACCAGCUUCAUCAACCUCACUACAACCAAAUCCUCUGGAUCUUUUCAAUACUAACAAUCUUUCCACUAUACCACCUAUAGGAGGUGCUGGUUCUGUACAACUAAAUUCAUCUCAAACUCAGCAAUGGAAUCAACAACCUCUACUAUUUACCCAGCCAGCUGCCACACUUCCCAAUACAUUAUUGGGAGCCCAACAUAGUUUUAAUCUGCCAACUGUCCUAUCAUCUCCAUCACCAACGGUGUCCUGGAACCAGCCAGCCAACUUUGUAGUUCCUCCAACUGUACAAAAUCCCCCCUUAUGGAACCAACCAGUUUCUGUGCAACCGCCUGGAUGGGCCCAGCCAUCAAUUAACCCAUUUCAAAUGAACAUAUUUCCACCUAGACCACAAUCAUUACCCUCUGGAUUCAUUCAGCCGGGACCAAUUAUUUCAAGCCCUCCCCAGCUUCCACCAAGGCCAGCUCCAGUGAAGGAGUCACCCAAGAAAGAAAGUGAUGCUUUUACUGCUCUGGAUCCUCUGGGUGAAAAGGAAAAGAAGAAUGUGAAAGAUAUGUUUAAAGACUACCAGCUGGCUAAGCCUCCUGCUGUCCCUGCAAGACGUGGAGAGCAGCAGAACAGCUCGAGUGGCACAUCUGGGGCUUUUUCAAAUUACUUCAAUAGCAAAAUUGGAAUUCCCCAAGACAGUGCGGACCAUGACGAUUAUGAUAUCAGUCAAAUCUCUUCUAAAAUGAAUGAGCCACCAAAGCCAGCCCCACGAGUGCAAACGCUGCCAGCGACCAAACCCAGGGAUGGGUUGUUUGAAAACCCAUUUGGAUCAGACUCCUUCGGUGCUCCAUUACAAAACUCUAAACCCCUGGCUCAUCAAAUAACAUCUUCUGAUCCAUUUGGGGAUCCAUUUGGAAAUCCGUUUGCUUAAGAAUGUGUCUAUACUGUUCGUUCUAUGCACAAAGCAGGAAACAACUGAACUCUGAAAACUCCAGGGGGCCCCAUUUCAUCACUUUGUCUUUAUGACAUUAAUCAAAAUGUUUGCACUGAAUACAGAAAUAUUUCAUUUUAGUAGAUCUUUUCCAUAAUUUCCUUAUAAUAGGCCACAAGGGAAUCUAAAAGUUCGAGUUGUGUAUGUGGAAGGCAGACUGUCAUAUAUUCAUUUGCCUCAGAAGUGUAAUUAGGGGAGGGCGAAGGUCCAACCACCCAGGGAGCAGAGAAGAAAUGGUGUGCAAUAUUACAUUUUAGAAAACCUGUGAGGUAUGUGUUUGACAAUUCAACUAAAGGCCAACAUCUAAUAUAUUGCAGAUGCUGGCAA